CCCCCCCCCCCCCCAGGCCGCCGCCUCCUCCACGACCCCUUCGCCAUGCGGCCCUUCUUCGGCUACAACGCCGGGCGCUACCUGGCCCACUGGUUGGCCAUGGGCGAGCGGGGCGGGGCCCGCCUGCCCCGCCUCUUCCACGUCAAUUGGUUCCUGCGCGACCCCGCCCAGCCGCGUCACUUCCUGUGGCCGGGCUUCGGCCACAACGCCCGCGUCCUGGCUUGGAUCUUCGGCCGCCUGGAUGGAGAAGACAGCGCCCGGGCCACCCCCGUGGGGUGGGUGCCCCGCGAGGGGGCCCUGGACCUGCGGGGGUUGCCCGGGGUGGCCCACGGGGACCUCUUCGAGGUGCGCAAAGACUUCUGGGAGCGGGAGGCGGGGCAGCUGCGGGCCUACUACCAGGAGAACCUGGCCGAGGACCUGCCCCCCCCGCUCAUGGCCGAGCUGGAGGCGCUGGAGGAGAGGCUGAGGGAGAUGUGAGGGGGGAGGGGCCGCCGCUUCCGGGGGCGGGGCUGCCGGGAGCGGCGGCCAUCUUGGCUGGCGGCCAUCUUGGCCUCAUAAAGAGGUUGGAUUGGGAAG